AUGACUAACCGAGAUAUUCCAACAUUGAAGCUGAAUGACGGUAGCUCGAUCCCUAUCCUUGGAUAUGGAACUGGCACUGCAUGGUACAAGACUGCUGGCGACACCAGCAUCAAUCGCGAGCUAGUUGACUCUGCAAAAAGCGCCGUGAAGCUCGGAUUAAAUCAUCUCGACGGAGCCGAGGUCUAUCGAACCGAAGAAGAAUUAGGUCAAGCUAUCCAAGAGUCCGGCGUACCCCGAGAUCAACUAUUCAUCACCACAAAAGUGAACCAUGCUCGCAUCGGAGACAUUUCCACAGCAAUUGAUGAUAGCUUAAAGAAGCUCCAGCUCGACCAUGUGGACCUGUACUUGAUCCACGCACCCUUUACCGCGAAGAACGAGGCCGAGCUUCAGGCGGCAUGGACUGCUAUGGAGCAAAUCAAAGCGUCAGGAAAAGCUCGUUCUAUUGGUGUGUCCAAUUUCCUGCAAAGCCACCUCGAGACGAUUUUGAAGACUGCCAAGGUCAUUCCCGUCGUCAAUCAGAUUGAAUACCAUCCAUACCUUCAGCAUGGGGACCUGGUGCCCUGGCAGGAGAGCAAGGGAAUCAAGACGGUCAGCUACUCUGGUCUUGUACCCAUCACUCGUGUGCCCGGUGGUCCUCUGGAUCCGCUUCUAUCGGGCUUGGCGAAGAAGUAUGCUGUCAAUGAGUCUGAGAUCUUACUGCGUUGGACUCUGGAUCAGGGAUACGUGUCGAUCACUACUAGCAGCAAGGAGUCUCGGCUGGCGGGCUAUCUACGCGCGUUGACAUUCAAGCUGACCCCUGAAGAAGUCAAGGAAAUCUCUGAGCUGGGUCAGCAGAAACACUAUCGUGCAUACUGGCGAGAGAAAUUUGCGGAUGAUGACCGGUCGUAA